UUACUCUACCGACCGACCAGCAGUGUGUCUCGUGACGUCGCUCCGUGUCGUUCGUUGUUGUCGUUCAUUUGGUUAUCUGUUUUGUUUUGUUUUUUUUUUACAUACUUCUAUCCGUUUCGUUGUCUGUUUUGUUAUUGUUUCCGCGUACUCGACUUCCGUUUUCCCGUGUUCGCUCGCCCAAGCUUUGAAAGUCUUAACACAGGGAAACACGUUCAAUGAGGGUAUACAUAAAUCAUUUGAAAGAUCACCACCAUGUAAAUUAAAAAUUUUUAUCAAACGCGAUCGGGAUCACUAUCCAUCAUGAUGCGUUAUUGUAAUUUGGGUAUAUACGCUGCGGCGUUGUUAUUUGCCCACCUGUGUUAUUCAGCUCAAUCGGAAACUGAACUUCAAGGAUCUAAUGUUUGUACCAGAUUAGAAAUAUAUAAUGUGACGGUAAAUGUCACUGAAUUGAAACCAUACCAAGUACGAGAGUCUUAUUUCUGUUUUACAGACUUCAAAUUAAAAUGUUCCAGAUACCGAAUUAUAAUGAAAUCGAUUGUUUCGCAGCAGGUUUUAGAAAAAAAAAAGCCCAUUGAAGAAUGCUGUAAAGGAUUUGUUAUAUCACCCAAUAAAACUAAUUGCAUUCCGGUUUGUCAGAACAACUGUGAACAUGGUACUUGCACGUCUCCAAAUAUUUGUAAAUGUGAUGACAAUUAUGGAGGACCUUAUUGCAAUAAAACAUGCCCAACUGGAAAAUUCGGCGAAUUCUGCACAGAAAAUUGUCAAUGUGAAAAUGGUUCACCGUGUGAUCCAUAUGAUGGACAGUGCAAAUGCUUAGCAGGUUGGACGGGAGUUGACUGUUCAGAGAAAUGUUCGCCUCAUAACUUUGGCAUCAACUGUGUGGAAGAAUGUCCUUGUAAAAACGGUGCUAUUUGUGAUCCAGUCACUGGAAAAUGUGACUGCCCGCCAGGAUUUAGAGGACCACUAUGUGAUCAGAGAUGUCCUUCUGGUCGUCAUGGAGAUGAGUGUCAAAGCGAAUGCAAAUGUCAGAAUGCAGGUAAAUGUGAUCCACAGACUGGUCAUUGCUUGUGCUCUUCUGGAUGGACGGGAAUGGUGUGUGGAGAAAAAUGUGAGCCCGGAAAAUGGGGAGUUAAUUGCAGUAAGUCAUGCGAUUGUUUUAAUGAAGGUAAUUGUCACCAUAUUACUGGGCAAUGUCAAUGUAUGCCUGGAUAUUAUGGCGAAAAGUGUAAAGAUAUUUGUCCGGAAGGAAUGUAUGGUCCAAAUUGUUUGAAAAAUUGUAAUUGUCCAGAAAACUCUUAUUGUGAACCAAAACAUGGAAAAUGCAUAUGUGAAAAAGGUUGGAAAGGCGAUAAAUGUUCCAAACGAAUAUGUCCAGAUGGUCUUUAUGGAGAAAGAUGUGACAAAAUAUGUCAAUGCGUUGUUGAAAAUACUAAUUCAUGUCAUCCGUGGAAAGGAACCUGUGAUUGUGUUGCAGGUUGGGAUGGUCCGACGUGUUCUAGAACAUGUCCUUUGUAUACUUUUGGCGAAAGGUGUCGAAGAAAAUGUGAUUGCUACAACAACGCACAAUGUUUACCUAAUAACGGAACAUGCAUAUGUGGUCCUGGUUAUCGUGGACUCUCGUGUAACGUAACUUGUCCUGAAGGUACGUAUGGUGAGAACUGUAAUAAUCAGUGCCAAUGCAACAAUGGAGCUAAGUGUUCCCCUGAAUCUGGUAUGUGCUUAUGUCCUCCUGGAUGGAGAGGGCAACAAUGUGAUUUGCCAUGUGAAAAGUCAUUUUACGGCGAAAAUUGUAAAAACGAAUGUCAAUGUAAAAAUGAUGCAGCAUGUAGUCCAGUCGACGGUACUUGUACUUGUCAACCGGGUUUUACGGGCGAUAAUUGCGAUUCGUCUUGUCCACCCAAGACUUAUGGCAGAGACUGUAAGCAGACUUGCGAGUGUAACUGGGAAAAUACAGCAUCGUGCAACCCGAUGACUGGUGAAUGCAAAUGUGUCGAAGGCUGGAACGGUGUACAUUGCGAGACACUAUGCCCUCCCGGCACUUAUGGUGAAGAUUGUCAGGACGAGUGCGAAUGUCAUAACGACAGUUCAUGCGACCAGAAAACAGCUAAGUGUACAUGUACUCGUGGCUGGGAGGGGCUCAAGUGCGAUCUGCCAUGCAAGCCGGGCAAGUACGGUUUCGGGUGCAGAGAGGAGUGUUCAAAAAGACAUUUAGAUGAUAACUUGUCGUGCGAUCACGUAACUGGUAAGUUUGAAUGCCGCCCCGGUUACAUUGGACCAAUAUGCCAGCAUGCUUGUCCGGCCAAAUCAUACGGCCGGGGAUGUCUUAAAAAGUGUGACUGUGAAUACGGUGAUUGCCAUCACGUCACUGGUGCAUGCCACUGUUUUCCGGGCUGGACUGGUUCUAACUGCACAAAAGUAUGUCCAUCCGGCACGUACGGUAUCAAUUGCGGGCUUCCGUGUAAAUGUCUAAACGGAGGUUCUUGCCGUGCCAUCGACGGUGUUUGCCACUGUAAACCUGGAUUUACUGGACCCGCGUGUUCCGAAGUUUGUCCUGAUCAAUAUUAUGGCGAUCACUGUAUGUCUACAUGCAACUGUCCCAACGAUAAAUUUAUCUGUCAUGCCGUCGACGGUUGUGUAUGCAGACAUGGAUACACAGGUGAGAACUGUGACGAACCCUUAACUGAUCGAAUAAUUGGUACAUUGGAAACCGAAAAGAGCUCUACAAGUGCAUUUGCUGGAAUAUGUGUUGCUAUUUUGGUAAUAGCUGCAUUUAUUAUGGUGUUAUUAUACUACCGUAACCGUGUUGCUGGUCUCAAAAAUGUUAUACAUGCACAUGUCCAAUAUGGAGCCGAUCCGCUUACCUUAAAUCAAGAUCGAUUCCAUUUCGACAAUCCUGUAUAUUCUUUUGGACAGACUAGCACAACAGUAGGAAUGGUUAACGAGCACCAAACAUUGAACAACUGUCAAAUAAAAAAUAAUUUAACAAAGUCUAAUAAUUUGGCAAAAGCUGGUUGCUCUUCAUCAUUAAUGGACGACAGUGAUAGUUAUGGUAUGCCAUCAACUAGCUCUUCAUCUUUCAAAAAUAUGGAAGCGGAUUUAAACAAUCCUAACAUCUAUCAUAGUUUAGAUGAUUUGAAAUCAGAAAAUCUAUAUGAUGAGAUUGAAGAUAAAAAGUUAGCUGCAGCAGAACAAGAAUACGACCAUUUGGACUAUCAGAGACCCAACGGUACAUGGAAGCCUCAUUAUCAACGAAUGUCAACAAGUUUAAAGGCUGAAAGUAAAAAGAAUUUAAACACAGAAUAAAACAAAUUUAAAUACAAGACUUGCCUAAUUGUUCAUGAUGUCCUAAAUAACUGUCAAUUUAAGAUAAUACUACUUGACUUUAGUUAUCAAAAUUAAUCUCUUCUUUUUUUUUAUUUAUAUAUUUUAUUGAUAAUUAUUUACCUACCUUUUAUUUAAUUAGUAUCUAAUCAUAUUAUAUUAUGUAUAAUAUUUUUUUCUACAAAAUUGAUAUAUUUUAUUAUUGAGGCGCUCUGUGAUAUUUUAUUAAUAUACUUGCGUAGUCCAUUGUUGAUAGACUUUUAAAAUUUGUCUUUAUGACUGAAUUUAAAACAAAAAUUAAAAAACAUAUUUUAAUGUUAAGUAGUUAAUGUAGGACAUUUUAUAAAAACUUUUCCAUAAUAUAUUAUUGUAUGUUACUUUGAAGUGUUAUUUUAAGUAUCUCACAUUGUUUACAUUAUUAUUAUUUUUAAAACUUUUUUUCAUUUUAUAUGUAAUUAAAAGAACAAUUAAUAUAAUCUUACUUUAUGUGGGUGCUACCU